UUGGCGCGGGCGGUGGCGCGGGCGGUUAAGCGGCGGGCACAAGCGGCACAAGCAGUGCAAAGUGUAUAUGAUGAUGAGGAUAAUUUUUUAGCGUUCAUCUUAAAAGAUAAGUUAGAAGAAACAGAAUGCAAAGAAAAAUUGAAAGAAUAUUGCGAAGAGUUGGAAAAAGCAUCACUAGACGUGGAGAAAGUACAUAAAACGCUUAAAAGUUUAUGUGAAAAUGGAAAAACAAAUAAAGUAAAUGCAAAAUGUCAAGGUCUGAAAACCAGAGUUACGGGGAAAUGUACAAAUUUUAAAACAAAAUUUGAAAAAUUGGUGAAAAAAGAUGCCUCGGAUUUGACAGAUGAGGAUUGCAAAGAAAAUGAACAACAAUGCCUAUUUUUGGAGGGAGCAUGCCCUGAUGAUCUUAAAGAAAAAUGUAGUGACUUAAGAAAUAAAUGUUAUAAGAAAAAGCGUGACAGAGUAGCAGAAGAAGUUCUUUUAAGAGCACUUAAUGGUAAUCUUGAAAAUCAAGAUAAGUGUAAAGAGAAGAUUGAAAACGUUUGUCGUACAUUGGGUCAAGAAAGUAACGAGUUGAUGCAAAGAUGUCUUAAUACAGACUCUUUAUGCACAUCUUUAGUAACAUUAGCAGAAAAAAAGUGUACUUCUCUGAAAACAGAAAUAGGAAGAGUACUAGCUACUGAUAACGAAUUAGGAAAAAAAGGACAUUCUUUGCUUAAACAAUGCCACUUUUAUGGACAAAACUGCAAAAGUUCAAAUAAACCAGAAUGUGAAAAACUCAUAAAUAACUCUAAAGAAAAAAAAAUUACCUACAAAGGGCCAGGUUUAGAUUUUGAUCCUACAAGACCAGAGGCUACGCUGGCAGAAAAAAUAGGAUUGGAGGAACUUUAUAAGGAAGCGGCAACACAAGGAGUUCUGAUUAGAAGAGCACUGGAAGGAGAUAUUGUUGAUUUAUUAGUGUUUUUGUCAGGGAAGAAGUCUUUUAGUGAGACUCAAUGCAAGGAAGUGUUCACUACUAAAUGUGAUUCUAUUAAAUAUUUGGCAGAAAAUAUAGAAAAAUUAUGUGGAAAUAAAACAGAACGUGAAAAUAGAUGUAAAGAAUUUGAUGAAGAAUUCAAAAAAAAAAAGACCUCUCUGACUGCAAAAUUUAAAAGUAAACAAUUUGAAGAAGAAAUCGCAUUAUGGGGUGAAUUACCAAGUCUCCUUACUGAAAAUGACUGUAUAAGAUUACAAUCAGACUGUUUUUAUUUUGAAGGUCAAACACCUCUUGAUAAAUGGUGUAAGAAUAUUAAGGCAGCAUGUUAUAAAAAAGGCCUUGAUGCGCUAGCAAAUCAAGCACUACAAGACAAAAUGCGAGGAAAAUUCCAUUAUACAAAUGAUACAUGGCUUGAAACGCUUCAAAAGGAGUUAGUAAAAGUAUGCAUAAAUUUGAAAGGAGAGAGUGAUGAGUUAUUUGUAUUAUGCGUGAAACCAACAGAAGGAGCCAACGCAGUAUUAAUGGAUUUGUAUGUAAAGAUAGACCUAUUACAAGAAGAUUUGAAUGAGAAACGAGAUUUUCCUACGAAGCAAGAUUGCGAGGAAUUACUGAAGAAAUGUCAAGAUUUAGAACAAGAUUCAGAAGAAAUCAAAUGGCCCUGCCAUACGUUGAAACAUCAUUGUAAUAGGCUGGAGAUUGCAAGACAACUGGAAGAGAGGUUGUUGGAAGAAAAAGUGAAGGAUUUGGACAAGUUCGAUUUAUGUUUAGAAAAUCUAAAAGAACAAUGUCAUAAAUGGAGUAGAAGAGGAAGAGCGCAAUUUUCUUUUGCAUGUGUAGCACAGAAUACUACUUGCAAAAUUCUUACAGAAAGUGUAGGGUCUAAGUGUACUACAUUGAAAGCACGUAUGAAAAUAAGUGGUGUUAUGAAUAAAGCGAAAAAGAAUGACGAAAAAGAAUCAACCUGCAGUUCCUGGGCACCUUAUUGCAGCAAAUUUAUGUCAAGUUGCCAGAAUCUAACGACUUCUGGUGGCGGAGAAUGUGACGAACUUGAAAAGCAAUGUGAACCAUAUCGUACACAAAGAGAUCGUGAAGAUCAAGCUAUGCUUGAGCUUAAAGGAAAGCUUAAUAAUAAAAACAACUGUAUGACAACUCUUAACCAAUAUUGCACACAAUGGGCGAAUGCAACCAAUGGACUUGAAACUUUGUGCAAAAAAAAAGGUGAAGAGGACAAAAACGUUAGAAAUAAACUCUGCGAGAAACUGGUUAAACGAGUGAAAAGAAAAUGCAAAGGACUAUUAGAAAAACUCGAAAAGGUUAAAAACGAAAUAGAAGAAAAAAAUGAAGAAUAUGAGGAUAUUAAAAAGAAAGCAGAAGAAGCAAUGGAAAAAGCGAAUCUUGUUUUAGCAUUAAAAACAACGAAUAAUAAAUCAGUAGAUAAUGCAGCUUCUAAUACACCUAAGAAUGGAAAAGACGUACCACAAUUUAAACUUGUAAGAAGAAAUACAAAACUGCAAGUAACAGAAGAAGAACUGAAUGCCUUUGAUUUGGUAUCACAAGCGUUCAGUUUGUAUGUAGAGUUAAAGGAGAUAUGCCAUCAUUCACUGAAGGAUUGUGAUUUCAAAAAAGAGUGUGAGUGUGUCGAUUCAUGCAAAACGAUAGAAAGUAAAUGCCAUGGAUUGAGACCACUGGAAGUGAAACCAUACGAAGCAACAACUAAAAAUGUAACAACCACAACUACAACCACCACCACCACCACCACAACCGUUACAGAUCCAAAAGCAGCAGAAUGUAAGUCUCUACAGACGACAGACACGUGGGUCACAAAGACGUCGACUCAUACCAGCACAUCCACAACCACAUCCACAGUCACGUCAAGAAUAACACUCACUUCGACAAGAAGAUGUAAACCGACCAAGUGUACGACAGGAGAGGAGGAUGAUGCAGGAGAGGUGAAGCCGAGUGAGGGGCUGAGGAUGAGUGGGUGGAGUGUGAUGAGGGGGGUGCUAGUGGUAAUGAUGAUUUCAUUCAUGAUUUAG